AUGGCUGAGCAGAAAAAACUAAAGGGAAAUUUUAAAUUGGAUGUAAAUUUAUCUAUGCAUGAAUCAAGCGAAGUAAAAGAAGUGAAAGAAACGAAAGAAGCGAAAGAAGCGGAAGAAGCGGAAGAGGCGAAAGAAGCGAAAGAAGUGAAAGAAGCGAAAGAAGCGAAAGAAGUAAAAGAAGUGAACGAGGCGAAAGAAGUAAAAGAAGUGAACGAGGCGAAAGAAGUGACCGAGAUAAGAAGCGGUGACCUAUUUAAAAAUGGCGAAUUAAACAAUAAUAAAAGUAGUAUCGAAAUGGAGAAUAAAAAAAUUGAUAAAAGUUUGGAAUUGAAUAAAAAUAAAGUCUCAAAUAGUGAACUAAAUAUAUUUGAGGACGCAAAAGAAUAUGAUGAAAGUAACAAGGAUGAAUUUGAAAAAAAAGAGAAUACAAAUGAUAACAAUAAUAUUUUAAAUAAAAAUUCUGAACAUAAUGAAAAACAAAUAUCAUCAGAUCUUGAAUGCGUAAUAUGUAUGAAACUUUUAAUAAUGCCUGUGACAAUACCAUGUGGUCAUAAUUUUUGUAGAGAUUGUUUAGAAAAAGCAAAAGAAUAUAAUGAUACAUGCCCAUUAUGUAGAUCAUAUAUGGGAGAUAAACAAAAUGUUAAUAUAUUAUUGGCAGAAUUAAUAAAAGAAAAAUAUCCAAAAGCAUAUGCAAAAAGAUUAAAAGAAAUCGAAAUUAUAAGAAUAGAAAAAGAAAAAAAAGUGUUACAAGAAAGAUUUGAUGCUAUUAAAAAUUCAUCUAUGAUACCUAUAUAUAAAGCUCCAUUAUCGUUUGGUCCAUAUUUUCCUGGUGAAAUAUUUCAAAUAAAUAUUUAUAAUAAAAAAUUUAUAGAUCUUAUUGAAUUAGUAUCCAAGGAAGGUAUAUUUGCUAUUACUUCUAAUAAUAAUAAGCAUAACGAUAAAAUGUAUGGUAUUCAUGUUAAGAUUUUAGAACGAAGUGUUACUACACAAGCUUUUAUAGUUAAAUGUGUUGCUAAUUAUAGAGUUAUUUUAUAUAAUAUAAUAUAUUUUAGCCAAUAUGAUUAUAAUAUAGCUAGCCAUUCUCCUUUAUUUGACGAAUCCAUUCCUGUAAAUUUUUAUGAUUAUAAUUUGAGUGUAUGUGCAGAUGUAACUGAAUCUGAAACUAAAGCAAUUACAUAUCAGAUGAAUACACCUAACAAUACAUCUAACAAUACAUCUAACAAUACAUCAUCUAUUGUUUCUUCUACAAAUACUAGUAAUAUUAAAUGCCGAAAAGAAUCAAAAUAUAAUCUUGUUGAUGAAGAAAUCAUAAAAUUAGAUGCAUUAAAAAAAUUAUUAAAUAAAAUUGAGGUUGAAGAUGAUAUAAAAUCCAUUUCAUUUUAUUAUGAACAAUAUAAAGAUAUUGUUUAUAAUGCAAAAGAUGUAAAAACUACUACUAGCCAUGCAGAUAUUAACAACCCUAUAUAUGCUGCCCAAAAAUAUUACUCUUGUAUUAUUUUUUCAAGAAUAUGCUUAUUAUGUAUAAGAUAUCAAUUAAAUCGUUUUGGAAAUGCAGGGGUUCGAUUAUUUAAUACAAAAUUUAGAAAUAUAAAAUUAACAUCUUCUGAACCAUCAAAUGAAGAAUUAGAAAAUUUUUCUUUUUCGUUAAGUAGUGCUAUUAUAUCCAGAUCUAUACAAAAAUGGUCUUGGUUUAAAACAACUAAUACUACUGAAAGAUUAGAAAGCAUAACACAAUAUUUUUUAAAAAAAAAAAAUAAAAGUAUUCUUGCUCUUGAUAAUUCACGAUCUCCUAUUAUUCAUAGAUUUUUUAUGUUAGAUUCCAUUUCAUCUUCUUUGUUAAUUCUUGUAUUUGUUUCUUUUGUUGUUUUUGUAAAAUAUUUUUUUUAUUAUAAUUUAUAA